CGGGUUAACAACGUCCGCCACCGGCGCCGUCAACCUGCAGGGCGCUGUUGGAAAUCCAGCUACUGUGGGUCGAAGUCAAAGUCAAAGAAGAAGAAGAAGAAGAGGUGGAAAGCGGGUUCUUCGGCAGAAAGAGAAGAGGAAAACACAGAGCCUAGAACUGAAUGUGGGGACUUUGAAUGUUGGGACUAUGACAGGAAAAUCUCGGGAGUUGGUUGACAUGAUGAUUAGGAGAAAGGUUGAUAUAUUGUGUGUCCAGGAGACCAGGUGGAAAGGCAGUAAGGCUAGAAGUUUAGGGGCAGGGUUUAAAUUAUUUUACCAUGGUGUAGAUGGGAAGAGAAAUGGAGUCGGGGUUAUUUUAAAAGAAGAGUUGGCUAAGAAUGUCUUGGAGGUGAAAAGAGUAUCAGAUCGAGUGAUGAGGCUGAAAUUUGAAAUUGAGGGUGUUAUGUGUAAUGUGAUUAGUGGCUAUGCCCCACAGGUAGGAUGUGACCUAGAGGUGAAAGAGAAAUUCUGGAAGGAGCUACAUGAUGUAGUUCUGAGCAUCCCAGACAGAGAGAAAGUCGUAAUUGGUGCAGAUUGUAAUGGACAUGUUGGUGAAGGUAAUAAGGGUGAUGAAGAAGUGAUGGGUAAGUACGGUAUCCAGGAAAGGAACUUGGAGGGACAGAUGGUGGUAGACUUUGCAACAAGGAUGCAAAUGGCUGUAGUGAACACUUUUUUCCAGAAGAGGCACGAACAUAGGGUGACCUACAAGAGCGGAGGUAGAAGCACACAGGUGGAUUACAUCUUGUGCAGACGAUGUAAUCUGAAGGAGGUUACCAACUGUAAGGUAGUGGUAGGGGAGAGUGUGGCUAGACAGCAUAGGAUGGUGGUGUGUAAGAUGACUCUGGUGGUGGGGAGGAAAAUUAGGAAGACAAAGGCAGAGAAGAGAACCAUGUGGUGGAAGCUGAGACAGGACGAGUGUUGUGCAGCUUUUCGGGAAAAGGUGAUACAGGCUCUCGGUGGACGGGAAGAGCUUCCAGAAGACUGGACCACUGCAGCCAAGGUGAUCAGAGAAGCAGGCAGGAGAGUACUUGGUGUAUCUUCUGGCAGGAAAGGAGAGAAGGAGACUUGGUGGUGGAACCUCACAGUACAGGAAAUCAUACAAGGAAAACGGUUAGCUAAGAAGAAGUGGGACACUGAGAGGACCGAGGAGAGGCGAAAGGAAUACAUUGAGAUGCGACACAGGGCAAAGGUAGAGGUGGCAAAGGCAAAACAAGAGGCAUAUGAUGACAUGUAUGGCAGGUUGGACACUAAAGAAGGAGAAAAGGAUCUAUACAGGCUGGCCAGACAGAGGGAUAGAGAUGGGAAGGAUGUGCAGCAGGUUAGGGUGAUUAAGGAUAGAGAUGGAAAUAUGUUGACUGGUGCCAGCAGUGUGCUAGGUAGAUGGAAAGAAUACUUCGAGGAGUUGAUGAAUGAGGAAAAUGAUAGAGAAGGGAGAGUAGAAGAGGCAAGUGUGGUGGACCAGGAAGUGGCAAUGAUUAGUAAGGGGGAAGUUAGAAAGGCAUUAAAGAGAAUGAAAAAUGGAAAGGCAGUUGGUCCUGAUGACAUUCCUGUGGAGGUAUGGAAGCAUCUAGGAGAGGUGGCUGUGGAGUUUUUGACCAGCUUGUUCAAUAGAAUUCUAGUGCGUGAGAAGAUGCCUGAGGAAUGGAGGAAAAGUGUACUGGUGCCCAUUUUUAAGAACAAAGGUGAUGUGCAGAGCUGUGGCAACUAUAGAGGAAUAAAGUUGAUGAGCCACACAAUGAAGUUAUGGGAAAGAGUAGUGGAGGCUAGACUCAGGACAGAAGUGAGUAUUUGCGAGCAACAGUAUGGUUUCAUGCCCAGAAAGAGUACCACAGAUGCAUUAUUUGCCUUGAGGAUGUUGAUGGAAAAGUACAGAGAAGGUCAGAAGGAGCUACAUUGUGUCUUUGUAGAUCUAGAGAAAGCCUAUGACAGAGUACCCAGAGAGGAACUGUGGUACUGCAUGCGGAAGUCUGGAGUGGCAGAGAAGUAUGUUAGAAUAAUACAGGACAUGUACGAGGGCAGCAGAACAGCGGUGAGGUGUGCUGUCGGUGUGACAGAAGAAUUUAAGGUGGACGUGGGACUGCAUCAGGGAUCAGCCCUGAGCCCCUUCCUUUUUGCAGUGGUGAUGGAUAGGCUGACAGAUGAGGUUAGACUGGAAUCCCCGUGGACCAUGAUGUUUGCAGAUGACAUUGUGAUCUGCAGUGAAAGCAGGGAGCAGCUGGUGGAACAGUUAGAAAGAUGGAGGCAUGCACUGGAAAGAAGAGGAAUGAAGAUUAGCCGAAGUAAAACAGAAUAUAUGUGCAUGAAUGAGAGGGGUGGUGGGGGAAGAAUGAGGCUACAGGGAGAAGAGAUGGCAAGGGUAGAGGACUUUAAAUACUUGGGGUCAACCGUCCAGAGCAAUGGUGAGUGUGGUCAGGAAGUGAAGAAACGGGUCCAAGCAGGUUGGAACGGGUGGAGGAAGGUGUCAGGUGUGCUAUGUGACAGAAGAGUCUCUGCUAGGAUGAAGGGCAAAGUUUAUAAAACAGUGGUGAGGCCAGGCAUGAUGUUGGAUAAAAUUAGAAAUGAGCUCAUCAGAGGGACAGCCAAGGUUCGAUGUUUUGGAGACAAAGUUAGAGAGAGCAGACUUCAAUGGUUUGGACACGUCCAGAGGAGAGAGAGUGAGUAUAUUGGUAGAAGGAUGAUGAGGAUGGAGCUGCCAGGCAAGAGAGCUAGAGGAAGACCAAAGAGAAGGUUGAUGGAUGUCGUGAGGGAAGACAUGAUGGCAGUUGGUGUUCGAGAGGAGGAUGCAGGAGAUAGGCUCUCAUGGAAAAGGAUGACACGCUGUGGCGACCCCUAACGGGACAAGCCGAAAGGAAAAGAACAAUUGCUAACACUGAAGCGAUCAGUACGCCUUUAAAAAAUUAAUGCUGGCAUUUAAAGAAAAAACCCAUCUGACACUUUCAGACUUUCAUUUUUUUUAUAUAGAUUGGUGAGUUAAUUGCAUGGUUAAAUUUUUUUUCAUUUAUGACCAGUUCAGGAACUGAAACCUACUUUGACAAAUUUGGCCGUUUGGACUUCGAUCAAUCAAAACGUUAUUUAUGUAGCAUGUUUCAUAUUUAAAAAGAAACACAAAGUGCUUCACAAGACAAUUGAUAAAAAAACGCUAACACAAUUCUCCCACCCACCCGCAGUCUCUGACCACCUGCGACACCCAACACCCUUGUGUAAAAGUAUGUACUACAAUUGAAAGAGCUACAUAACAUACAGUAGCUGUUGAGAGAGACAUGGGUGAGCGCAGACUGGAGAACUUGGACUUGUUGUUUUAUUUUUUUCCUGUGGAUAGUCUGAUGUGUUUUCAAAUUAAUACACUAUACACUAUUAUCCUCCACAUCAUCAGUUAACUCUUACGUUAAUGCUAUAUGGGCCAUAUUAUCACCUGUGCGUAAGUCAGAAAUGGCGUGCAGCCGUAAGCUUUUCUGGUUGUGUUCAUUUGUCUACUCAAAUCUGUACACACUCUGGGUACGCGCACACUGCAUGGAUUCUUCCAUCCACUUAAGCACUUUUUCUCUUCCGCACUCCAGUGUCUGUAGUAAGUCCAGCGUCCCGUGAAUGUGAAAAAUCCUACUGCGCAUUUUGAUUCAGUUAACUUCCCAGCGGUGACGGAAACUCCAAACAUGUUUUCAGACAUAAGCACAGUAUUCUGAUGAAGUUACUUUUAUUGGAUUUUUUUCAUACAAAAUAAAACAGAUUUCUUUCAACUUUCAUCUUCCAUCCAUCCAUUUUCAACACCGCUUAUCCUGGUUAGGGUCACGGGACGCUGGAGCCUAUCCCAGCCGACUUCUGGCGAAAUGCGGACUACACCCUGAACUGGUCGCCAGUCAGUCCCAGGGCACAUAUAGACACGGACAACCAUUCACACUCACAUUCACACCGUCACUGAGUGGGAACUGAACCCACGCUGCCUGCACCAAAGUCAGGCGAGUGUACCACUACACCAACAGUGACUCAACUUUCAUCUUGCAAUGUGUUAAGUGUAUUAGCCGGAGCCAUGCGUACAUCUCGACUUGCAGAUGACAAAUCAUAAGGGUACACUUCAUAAGGUAUUUUCAUAAUUUAAUUCGAUCUUUAUCUGUUAGUGACUGAAAUGAAUUGAGUUGCACUUUGAUUAAAUUAUAUUGUAGUUACGGUGAAUUGUGAAGCAGGGCGGUUGAUACUUUAAUACAAUGUGGAUGGGUGCUAUAUUUUUCAAAUCGAUUUCUAUGACAUCCACAAGUCUCAGGAAAACCAUGAUUGACAGAAAACUUCAGACUUCAGUGAGUCACACCUCUUUAGUAGUUGUGCACAAUUUCCCAGGUUACGCAUGGCGAGUGUGUCAGAGGUCUGGAAGGGAGAAUGUGCGCAGAUGAAAGGUGAACAAGCCUGGCAUGUAAAAAAUAGACUUUCUUAAGUGCAAGUCUAUCAAAGUGCUUUACACCAAGGGAAGACUGUGGUUGGUGAUGGAAGCGUUUUGCCUUGUUUGAGGUUGUUGAAGCUCAAUAUAUUUGAUUUGUAAGUGUAUGGCAAAGCUUUGUUGACUUGGACAAUCACUGGGAGAGGUUUUAGUAGCAGAACUCUUCAACAUGGAAAACACAAGUACUCUGAUGUCAGGUCAAAUGGCACACUUUUUCCAACUGUUAUUUUUGUGCCAUUGCAAUCUUUUGAAUUAUUAACAGCAAGUAGUGGCCAUUUUUUAUUCCACAUCCAAGCUGCCUCUAAACUCACUUGUUUUAGCUCUCAGGUAAUAACCGGUGUAAAAAAUAUUUGAUUUGUGUGUUUUUUUUCCAGUUUUGUCAUGUGUGGUCAACACUUCAUAGCGUUCUCUUGAAAUGUGAUGUUUUCUCUCACAAACCUUCCACUUGUGCCUCAACCAUAGACACCUUCUGUCUUCACAGUUGUCUACCUCUAUUAUGUGACAUGUUGGUGGCAGAAGAUGCUGGUUGAUUUAUUAGGGACUCUAGGUUCUAGUGGUGCAAGUUUGACUGCCAUCAUAGGAAGACAUUUAGCUCCUAUAUAAUUUCCCUGAGAUAUCAUCAGGGACAAAUCACAGACACACCAACUCAGUAAUCACUGACAUUUAAUAAAUUUCUUCUGGACAAGUUCAUGUAUAUGUAAAUGAAUAGCUAUGACACAUAACAGGAAACAACAUGAAGAAAAGUAUUAUGAGCCAAAUGGGAAUUUCAACUAGAUUGUUUCCUAAGUAUCUUGCAAGUUAAAAAUAACAUCAGAUUUAACAGUCACAGAAUGGCAUUCCAUUUAGGCUGAAUGAUCCUAAUAUCAUAUUAAAUUGUCCACCUUCAUACCUCCUGCAUACGAUUCAUUCACUGAGAGGUUUUUGGGAAUGGUUCAGUCAUGCAAUGUUGACAACGGUGAGAAAGUCCUUUACCACACUUUUUUUUUUUUAUGUGCACUCUGAUGUGAUGUAAAAUGUAAUGGGCUCUUUCUUGGCACAUGCCAGAUUGUUCCACAGAUUUCCAUGGAGGUCCCAGGUAACAUUUUUGAACUGAAAAUGCA